AUGUUACAGCUGUGUCCGUUCCUUGAUGACGUCGGCUUGCUGAGAGAGUUAAGUACCCUUUGCACGGAAGUUGAAGCGGUCCUUAACUCCCGACCCCUGACCUCUCUUACAUGUAACCCCAGCGACCUUUCUCCAUUCUCUCCAGGGCACUUCCUCAUCGGGCGUCCUUUGACUUCGCUGGCGUCCCCUCCUGCUGCAUCCGGAAAGGGCAUAAAGACGCGCUAUCAGCUGCUCGAGUCGCUGCGUGACAGUUUUGCUAAGAGGUGGAAAAACGAGUACCUCUCAGAGCUACAAAAACGAACAAAAUGGAGGCAUCCCUACAGAGAUCUUAAGGAAGGCGCUAUGGUAGUGUUCAAAGAGGAUAACCUACCUCCCAUGAGAUGGAAACUAGCACGAGUCCAUCGACUAUACUACGGCAAGGACGGAAUCGCCAGGGUUGGCGAUUUUAGAACCAUUAGAGGGAUCGAACGACGGGCACUGAACAAGGUGUGCCCCCUCCCUGAUGACAAUGAUGAGAUGUUGGAAGAAGCUUCAGCGCCAGCCAGUACUAACGACCCUUCAGCUUCCUCCAACGGCCCCCCAGCAUGUCUACGACAACAAGUGACCGCGCGGGGCGCGGGCGCGCGGGGUAUCAAAAGAUUAAGAACAACGCCCUACCACCCGCAGAGCAACGGAUUGGUGGAGAGGUUUCACAGGUCCAUGAAAAGCUCGCUUAAGGCAAGCUUAGACU